UGUAUCGGUAAGAGAAAGGAAGUGUCCGGGGGGGAGGGAGACAGGGUACGUCCCGGAGAGGGUACGAGUGUCGUUGGGAUCGGCCCGGAGGAAACAAAGAGAUCAUGGCGGCUGCGGGCUUGUUGCAGGCAUUCGGGCGCGCAGGGGAGGGGAGGCUGCGGCUGGGACAAGCGGGGAGCAGGGACUGCGAGCCAGGAGCGGAACGCUGCGUGCUCGCUCAAUGUAUACCGAAAUGCACCAUAGUCUAACUAAAUGACCAUGGAAUCGGCUGCAGAUUCACAGCAGGGUGGUGACACUGCUGCUUCAGAGACGGACAGCCAGCAGAUUGCCCAGGCACAGAUUGCUACACUGGCGCAGGUAUCUAUGGCGGCUGCGCACGGGACCUCUUCUGGACCCACAGUUACCCUGGUGCAGCUUCCCAAUGGACAGACAGUGCAGGUGCAUGGGGUCAUCCAGGCUGCCCAGCCCUCUGUCAUCCAGUCCCCACAGGUGCAGACAGUCCAGAUCUCCACCAUUGCAGAGAGUGAGGACUCUCAGGAGUCGGUGGACAGUGUGACAGACUCCCAGAAACGCAGGGAGAUCCUGUCCAGACGACCCUCCUACAGGAAGAUCCUGAACGACCUGUCGUCAGAUGCCCCUGCAGUCCCACGGAUAGAGGAAGAGAAAUCUGAGGAAGACUCCGCCCCUGCCAUCACCACUGUUACCGUACCAACGCCAAUCUACCAGACCAGCAGCGGCCAGUACAUCGCGAUCACCCAGGGCGGCGCCAUCCAGCUGGCCAACAACGGUACGGAUGGGGUGCAGGGCCUGCAGACCUUGACCAUGACCAACGCUGCAGCCGCCCAGCCCGGAACCACCAUCCUGCAGUAUGCCCAGACCUCCGACGGCCAGCAGAUCCUGGUGCCCAGCAACCAGGUGGUGGUGCAAGCUGCUUCUGGGGAUGUUCAGGCCUACCAGAUCCGCACAGCCCCCACCAGCACCAUUGCCCCCGGGGUUGUCAUGGCCUCCUCCCCUGCCCUGCCCAGCCAGGGGGGCGCAGAAGAGGCUACCCGCAAGAGGGAGGUGCGUCUCAUGAAGAACAGGGAGGCAGCGCGUGAGUGUCGCAGGAAAAAGAAGGAGUACGUCAAGUGUCUGGAGAACCGAGUUGCCGUGUUGGAGAACCAGAACAAAACACUCAUCGAGGAACUGAAAGCACUUAAGGACCUGUACUGCCAUAAAUCCGAGUAGUACCUUUCCCUCCCCCCCCCCAGCCAGCAUCUGCCCCCCUGUACAGACUCUGCCUGGCAAUAGCUAUCUGGGCACAGACUAUUCUUUUUUCUAAAUGUUUUUUAAUGCUAUAAACUGCCUCUACGAAAAUACAGGAAUAGGGAAAAAACAGCCUAGGAUAUAAUACCCUCUCUUUACUAGCAGAUCAUGACCUUAAAGGCAAGGAAUAUGACUAACUUUCAAUCAUUCAACAGUUGGUGUUCUCAGUGGUUCUCUUUAAGGGGAGCCCGGGCAGGAAAAUUGGCUGAGCUCCUCUCGAAUCAGUACCAGUACCAGGAUCAGUCUGGGCCAGCAAGCAGGACAUGAAGGCCUUGGGGGAACUCUUUCUGGCUCAUUCAAGAAAGGAUCCCCCCUCUCGGGUUUCUAGCUCGGUCACCAAAUGGAAGAGUGCUAUCACGGAGUGAAGCGUAAGACCUUCGGGGAAGAGGAAGCUUCAUGAGUAUCAGUGAUUUACCAAUAGAAGCAGAGGAAGUCACAGAUGCUACCAGUACAUGGAAAGUUUCAUCGUCCUGCCCUAGGUAUGGCAGUAGUGUCAUCCCUGGUUCCAGCACCACAGCGUAGUGUUAAAACGAGAUUGGAGUAAACCUGCAAUGGGGGUGGUGUGUG